CGGACGCGAUCGCGCGCGUACGUAUCGUUUCCUCUCCUCCCGCCGGCGAGAUUGGCGAGUUUUCUGUCGCGAUCGUGCACGGGGUGCGUUCUUCUCGAGUGUGUUCAUUGAGUGUGGUGCGUGUGUGAGAGUUCCGAGGAAACCGGUGCAAGUGGAAGGCAGGAGCGAAGCGGAAACGAUCGCGACGCAGCAACGCAACGAAGUUGUCCUGUGACAUACCGAGCGUUCCCGGCGUUCCUCGCGAGCAAGCGUCUCGGCGAAGGGCUGCUCUUUCCCCGUUCGAGAAGCAGGCCGGCCUUCUCUCCGGUGCGUCUGGCGACCGCAACCUUGCCGCGACGACACCGCGAUCGACGUCACAUCGAACAACGAAGCUCUCCGGACACCGGAUUACUGGCGUGCGCGGGAGAGAGCUAAACCUCCAGCCGGGGAAAACGAUUGCGAUUGGAUAUACCGUGUGAUCGAUUUUGCCGUCAAACGAGAGCGCAAUACUCGGACGUCUUAUCGGAUACUGCCCAUCGUUCUGUGAUAAAAGCCUGUGAUAUUCUGAGAUUUCACCGGGAUCGUCGAGAGGACCUCUUCCUUCGUCCUCCGGAAAUCGCUCUGCCAAUACGAGCGCAACGUCUGAGACCCCGGGCGGCUGGUCAAGCUGCGGCAAGUGCUUGGACGAGAUGAGACUUAUGCAAAGGUUAGCGAUCAGCGGGCUGCUGUCCGUGAUCCUGAUUCUCCUCAUCACCGGGACGUUCGUGUCGCGACGCGACCUCGCGAACGUCGUCGAUCGUGGCGUCGCGCCGGAAGAACGAAACGAGCAGGUCAAUCCAGCCUGGGUGCAGGACAACGCGGUGCCCGGGCAGGACGAGCCCGAAACCGACGACAAGGAUCGACGGUUAGACGCCAAGCACAGGCAGUCCGAGCCGUCGGCGGUCGGGCCGCCUUCCGCGGCCGCUCCUGGCGUUUAUGUCAUUAGGCCGCCUAAUCCGCCUCUGGACGAUGUGACCAAUCAACGGCGCGAGAAAGUCAAAGAGAUGAUGAAGCACGGUUGGGACAACUACGUGCGGUACGCGUGGGGAAAGAACGAACUACGACCGAUCUCGAAGAGGGGUCACAGCGCCAGCAUCUUCGGGGCCUCCAACAUGGGUGCGACCAUCGUCGACGGACUCGACACCCUUUACAUCAUGGGUCUUCACGACGAGUUCAAGCAAGGACGCGACUGGAUCGCUGAGAACUUGGACUUCGAUAUCAAUUCCGAAAUAUCGCUGUUCGAGACGAAUAUUCGUUUCAUGGGAAGCCUGCUCGCCUGUUACGCUCUCACGGGGGACGUGAUGUUCCGGGAUAAGGCGGCGCAGCUCGGCGAACGGAUGCUGCCUGCCUUCCAGACGGAAACCGGAAUUCCUCAUUCUCUCAUCAACCUCCAUACCGGGGCCAGCAAGAAUUACGGUUGGGCGAGCAGCGGUUGCAGUAUUUUAUCCGAGAUCGGGACGAUGCAUCUCGAGUUUACCUAUUUGAGCGAUAUAACGAAUAAUCCGGUAUUCAAGAGCAAAGUCGAGAACGUGAGAAAGGUCCUGAAGAAUUUGGACAAGCCGAGAGGGCUCUACCCGAAUUACAUUCAUCCGAGAACAGGCAAAUGGGGUCAACAUCAUAUGUCGCUCGGCGGACUCGGUGACAGUUUCUAUGAGUACCUGCUGAAGGCGUGGAUCCAGUCGGGCCAGGAGGACGUCGAGGCACGUGAAAUGUACAAUGAGGCCAUAGCCGCUAUAACCGAGCACAUGAUCAAGACAUCCCCCGGCAAACUUGUAUAUGUAUCGGACUUGAAAUACGACAGGCUCGAACACAAAAUGGGUCACUUGGCUUGCUUCGCCGGCGGCAUGUUUGCUUUGGGAGCUAAUACUCUGAAAAAUGAGAUAUCCGAUAAGUACAUGAAUAUCGCCGCCGGUCUGACGAACACGUGUCACGAGUCCUAUGAUAGAAGCGUCACGAAGUUAGGCCCGGAAGCUUUCCACUUUAUCGAGGGCAACGAGGCGAGAAGCUUAAAGAAUGGUGAAAAAUAUUACAUCCUGCGACCCGAGACGUUCGAGUCGUACUUCGUGAUGUGGCGGUUAACAAAGGAUCCAAAGUAUCGCGAAUGGGGUUGGGAGGCGGUUCAGGCACUGGAGAAACAUUGCCGGGUUCCCGGGGGAUUCACGGGACUUAACAAUGUUUACCUGGCCGACUCGGCGAAAGACGACGUCCAACAAAGUUAUUUCUUUGCUGAAACAUUGAAGUAUCUCUAUCUACUCUUCAGUGACGAUGAUCUCAUAAGUCUAGACGACUGGGUAUUCAACUCCGAGGCUCACGUGCUUCCCAUCAAGGGCAAUCCUUUGUAUCGCCCGGCAACCCCCUUAUAAAACGGACAAGUUUACAACAAUUUACGGGCGACUCCGACUCUUCUCAGUUCGCAGUAACAGAAUCGAAAGACGAUACACGUAAUGGAUCAGAAUUAUAUAGCGAUUGCAAAACCUCACUUUGUAUAAACUAUGCUUAAAGCGGCAUUCUGGUCAAUUAUUUUUAUAAACUAUCGCAUAUAGAUUAUAAGAAAGGAUUUAACACUGCGAUAAAACAAAAAUGCAAUUUAAUCCAAUUCUUGUUCAACUUAGUUUCAUUCGCGUGUUUUACGUUUUAAACGUGAAUCUCGCGAAAUCACAAUUGUAGAAACAAAAUCAAUUUCGUAAUACACACUGUGACUAGUCCUGAUUCUGACCCAUUGCGUGUAAUAUAGCAUAGUCGCGAAUUAAUGAGGAUUACAGAGAAUCAAUCUGUCCCUCAUCCUGAUCGCGUGUAGCGAAAGAUACAUUUUAAAUUAAAAUAUCUAAAUAAUUAUUUUAGGUAAAUGAAAGCGCGCGCGAGAGCGAGAGAGAGAGAGAGAGAGAGAAAGAGAGACAGAGCGCUCGAAAAAGAAUGAUAGUGAGAAAGAACAGAAUGAAAAUGUUAACGAACGUUAUUUAAGCCACACGUUUGUAAAUAGCAAAAAAAAAGUGAGAAUGAGAGAGCGAACGAGAGAACUAUUAACAAUGAGGAAAUAUGUUGUAUGAAUGCUUUACCCAUUUCCUUUUUUUAGCCGCAAUGCAAAGCGGUCCACCAAUACUUAAAUACGUAUUCGUGACGUUAUAGCUACAGGUCCUUAACAUUUUUAACAUUCUCUAAUCAUUACGAUGGGAGAGUCAAUGACUCAAUCGCAUUUCUUUCUUUUUCGUUAAUAGUUCUGUUUUCUUUAGGAAAAGACGACCCUGCCAGAAAUGCGCAAAAAAGCGCUUAAUUAAGACUGGAAGUUUUGCCUCGUUACAAUAAAAAAAAAUAAUAAUAAUAUCGAUUGCAUUGACGAACCAAAUUGUUAGUAACGCACCCACGGUAUAUGUAUUACGAAUGUGUCUCGUAUCAAUAUCUUUCUAAGCUAUCUAUUUGUUCUUAACGUGUUACAUCGCGUACAAAUUCAGUGGAUUGUCAUUGUUAAUUGAAUACUACGUGUAUAAACUGCUUUUAUACAGCUGAUCAAAUAAGAAUGAAUUUUGCAUUGAUAGUAAAAAAAAAAGGGGGAAGGAAGAAAAAAUGCCAGUGUAAACUUGUUUUGUAGUGCUAGAACUUCAAAAAUAAAACUGUCAAUCAAUCAAAAGAAGAAAAUGGAAAAAAAAGAAAUAGCGAUAAACGUUUAGCCGGAAACAAACGUUUAGUCAAGCCAGUGUUUCUAAAAAUGCUCCUGUGCAACGUUUUGUAAUGUUAACGUUUCACAAGUAUCUCUUUUCGCGAUUUUUAUCGACGUUCUUCGAAAAGAUUUUAACCACCUAACGUUUUGCUAUACCCCGAUCCUUCUUUCCUCCCUUCCGACAGUUAGAAUUGCCGAAUAUAAGAAGAGAAAGAAAAGAAGCGCAUCAAAAACAACUGUCAUUUUCAUGAUUGACGGUGCGAACGUACGUGUCCCGCCCUCCCUUUUUUACAUACACGGCAAACAAAUCGAAAUAAAAUUCAAUAAAAUAGCCCCCCCCCCCCGGAAAGGGUGCAAAUCGAAGACACGAUUGCAAUCGUGAGUCAGUCGAGUGGUAGUUGUAAAGCAAUGUAGCAGCCGAGUAACUAGCGAAGUCUGUAAUAAGAGAGGUAGACCUGUAUAUAAAGAUAUUACAAGAAAGUCAUAUUCUAUAUGAGGAGUGCGAAGUGUAGAGUGGAAUUGUAGAUGAAACACACCGUGUAAUUGUAUAGCGCUUAUACCGAAUGGAAAAACGGCCGAUUCACGUGAAUCGGCUCCUUCCGACAUCAAGCAAAAACAAAAUCGCAGAAAAAAAAGAGAGAGAGAGAGAGAGACAGCGAUGUACGUUUCGACGGACACGUUAUUUUCGUGAUGUCCAAGAUCGUACGUUGUAAUUAUAAUUACUGUUGCGGGAGAUCCUUUCGAUAACAGCAACAACGAUCAAUCAAUUUUGUCCUUUGAACAUUGGUCACAGAUAGACUCUGAUUUUCUACAAUCCCACGUUAAACGAGCUAGUUUUGUAAAACAUUUUGCUCCGGUAAAUCUGACGCAGGUGGUGUCUCUAUUGAUCUUCCGAACAAUCAGUCAGCAUCGCACUCGCCGAUGAUGGGGACGGCCGGAAAGUUACUUAAUGUAUACAUAGCGCAUCCUGCAGUUCUCGCGCCGCGUUAUCCGCUAAGAUGAGGUUCCAAAGGCCGCGGAGGCUUCGAAACGUCAUCUUCAACAGAGGCGCGAGACAGAGAAUAUAAUAUACAUAUAGAAAGAUUUAUACUAUGAAAUUUACACAACACAAACGCGCGGAAGAGCGCGCUCACUCACUCUUUUACGUGUCCGGAAAUGCUAAGCGAAAUCUUUGGAAACGCAGCUACGCGUCGAGUUUAGCGCGCGCGAUAGUCGAUAAUAAUCAUGUUGCCGUUUACGUUUCGCAUCACCGUCGGACUUCCAAGAGGUUCGCGUGUUCUAAUUGUGAUGCUUGUUAUACGUCAAACACAAUUUCGACGAUCGUCUAACGUUAAGCGUGUCUGGAGAGGAGUUGCAUCAAGCCGGGGUCGGUAACUAAUUUUCCCCUCCUCGAACUACGUCACACAGUUGAGAUUGCGUGAUCCCGGACGGAGAAACGAAGCAACUACUGCUUUUUUUAUCAUGAUUCCCGCUCACGAAUAGUAAUACGUUAAAUGGUAGCUUGUUGUACAUUCUACAUGCGUAGAUCUACAAUUAUUCGCGUGUGAACGUCCAAGUGUACGAGUAAACCGCGAUCGAUCAACCAUUGAUGCAACUCGCUCGAGAUAACUCCCACAAAAUGUUGUACAACGUCUCAUCCGAUCAAAUGCCACGGGCAAGAUUCAUUUUGUAACACGUCAUCACAGAUUAUCAUCCAUGUUGAUAACUCGGAAAUCAACGAGGGAUCACGGGGUGGUGGGUCUUCUUGGUUAUCGACGACAGCUCGCGAAGAAAGUGUCACGUGGACGUUAGCGCGCGCACGUGGUGCGACAAGCGACCAUCUCAAUAUUGGCGUCUUGAUGUCGCCAAAUUAGGAAGUGAAACCUUGACAAUUUCCGGGUCGCUAUUGACAACACAGUAAAAGCCAUAGGCCGUGUCUAUAUGUAAGAAUAGUGAUAAACGACACUCGGAGAACAACGGCAGGAAUGGCAGUAUCCGGCGACGAUGAGAUGAUAGUAAUAACGAUAGUCUAUACAUACAUUUGUGAAUAGAUAUUUAAUAAUUUAUUGUUAACUAGAGUAUUUUACUUCAACUACUUCAUUGAACGGGGUUUUGGGUACAAUAAUCUUUUCUUACGGCGAAGACGGCACACAUUUUACGAUUUGCUUUUCAAUGAUUUGAGCGACAAUGAGAAGAACGAGGAAGUGAACACAAAAACUGAACAUUAGCUUUACUCGCCUCGAUCUUUGUACGAUGAGCGAGGGCUAUGCGACAGAGAGAGAGAGAGAGAGAGAGAGAGAGA